GGAGAGGGAGGGGAGACAAGAACAGCGCAGCAGCGGGCAAGCCACUAGCCCCGAAACCCAGAAAUAAAGCUUGUACGCAGAUAAUAAAUGUUGGUAAACGACAUGGCAGUACGCGGAGAACAACAUGCGGCUCCGGGGAUAUAGGAGAUAAGGGUGAAGUCGUCUGGGAACGCUACUGGAGAAGGUUUAAAACUGAAGAAAACAACACUGGGAAAAAAGAAGGGGAUUACACACAACAGUGACAAUAAAACAACACUCAUCGACAAGUGGUCUGCUUUGGUGCCGAGGGUGAAGUCCGAACAUCCCCCAGACUCAAAAAUACCAACAGGAAAUAUAGGUGAAGUGAUAUUCUGUUGGAAGUAUUGUAACGGUUAAUCUCAAGUAGUGUUUCUGCGUGAACUCUUAACUCAGGAAACAAUGAAGACCUAGCGAGCAAGAACUCAUCAAGUGUCUCGAAGCUGCUAGCUGUCCCGCUAGCGUUAGCUCGGUGAUUUUUGCAGGGAGCGAAUGCGAGGCGAAGCUAACGCCCGCUAGUGCAGCCAAGUAAGCUAAGUUAGCUGUUGGCUAACAUUAGCCGGCUAGCUGAACGCGUUUUUGAGAAACUUUUGGUGUUGUUUCCCAGGAGCCCAAACACCGAGGGAUUAUUGUAAAAACAGAGGGGAAGGGCAGGUUCCCUUCUGGACUUUUUCCCCUCUACGUAUUUUUCUACUAUGAUGGCAGCGGAGGUCAGCAGUGAGGAUACGGGCUCGGUCGCGACAGGGACAGGGGUGGCAGGCGGAGGAGGCCCGGAGACGACGGCCCCUUUCCCAUACUAUCCCAAGCCGAGCAGAGUCCGAACCACUGAUUUGGUGCAAGGGCCGGCACCAGCCACCCGACAGCAUUCAAACACAUCUCCGGACUCCCUUUCAGAGAUGAAUAUAAUCUAUUCCUCCAUGCUUAGUGGGGAUAUGACCGGAGCAGGGAGUGGCGUAGCAGGAGGUGGACAUACAGUUUUUCAAGGAACAAGCUCAGGGACAGUGGGCGGCAUGUGCUGCUCUCCAACUAUGGAGGGUCCAGCUAGUCGGAUCUCACCCACAUCAACAGGCCCGGAUGGGCCCACUGUCUUCCCACCACUUCCACCACCACCUCCUCCGCCUCCUAGCUGUGGGGGGCUCGGUGGCACUAUGGAUGAAAGCGACAUGCAAGAUGGGAUGGAAAUCGACGAAGAAGAGGUGACGUUCCCACUCUCUGCACCUCCCACUAACCAGUGGUACCAUGGCAAGCUAGACCGAACCAUUGCAGAGGAGCGCCUGCGCCAGGCCCGAAAUCCUGGCAGCUACCUCAUCAGGGAGAGCGACCGCCGGCCCGGUUCCUUUGUCCUGUCUUUCCUCAGUAUGACCAAUGUGGUCAACCACUUCAGGAUAAUCGCCAUGUGUGGGGACUAUUACAUUGGUGGGCGGCGGUUCUCGUCCUUAUCAGACCUGAUUGGUUACUACAGCUAUGUGUCUUGCCUUCUAAAAGGAGAGAAACUGCUAUCACCAGUGGCCCCUCCAGAGCCUGUAGAAGACAGGAGGAGAGUCAGGGCCAUACUUCCAUACACCAAAGUGCCAGAUACUGAUGAGAUCAGCUUCCUUAAAGGGGACAUGUUUAUUGUUCACAAUGAACUGGAAGAUGGCUGGAUGUGGGUGAGCAAUGUUCGCACAGAGGAGCAGGGGCUCAUUGUGGAGGAUUUGGUGGAGGAGGUGGGCCGUGAGGAGGAUCCACAUGAGGGAAAAGUCUGGUAUCACGGAAAGAUCACCAAGCAAGAGGCCUACAACCUUCUGAUGACAGUUGGUCAAGUGUGCGGUUUUCUAGUCCGGCCUUCAGACAACACACCUGGCGACUACUCCCUCUUUUUUCGCACCAAUGAAAACAUCCAAAGGUUUAAGAUCUCCCCCACACCUAACAAUCAAUACGUGAUGGGGGGGAGGUACUAUAACAGUGUUGAUGACAUCAUCGACCAUUACAAGAAAGAACAGAUUGUUGAGGGUUACAACUUAAAAGAAGCUGUUUCAGUGCAGCACCAGGAACAGGUUCUGACUGACGUAGUGGACGGGAGAGAAAUUUAUAACACUAUCAGACGGAAAACAAAAGAUGCUUUUUACAAAAACAUUGUCAAAAAAGGCUACCUCCUGAUCAAUAAAGGCAAAGGCAAACGGUGGAAGAACCUUUACUUUAUCCUGGAGGGUAAUGACGCACAGCUCAUCUAUUUUGAAAACGAGAAAAGAGCCACGAAACCCAAAGGGCUGAUCGACUUAAGCGUGUGCUCCGUCUACGGCGUGCACGACAGUCUGUUUGGCAGGCCAAACUGUUUCCAGAUUGUUGUCCAGCACUUUAGCGAGGAACAGUACAUAUUCUACUUUGCAGGAGAGGCUACAGAGCAGGCACAGGAUUGGAUGAAAUGCCUUCAAACCUUCUGUAAUAACCUAAGGAAAACCACUCAGCCCACCUCCAACAAGAGGCUUAGACAGGUGAGCAGCCUGGUGCUGUACGUGGAGGAGGCGCACAAGUUGCCAGCGAAGUAUUUCACCAACCCCUACUGUAACAUCUACCUGAACAGUGUCCAGGUUGCUAAGACGCACCCACGGGAGGGGCAGAACCCCGUCUUCACUGAGGAAUUCAUCUUUGAUGACUUGUCCAGUGAAAUUAACAGAUUUGAAAUCAGCUUGAGCAACAAAACGAAAAAGAGUAAAGAAAAUGACAUCUUGUUCAUGCGCUGCCAGCUAAACCGGCUGCAAAAAGGCCAGAUGAUUGACGAGUGGUUCCCUCUCAGCUCCUACGUUCCUCUGAAGGGCAUUGAGCCGGGCUCCUUACGCGUACGUGCCCGCUACUCUGUGGAGAAGAUCAUGCCCGAAGAGGAGUACAACGAAUUCAAGGAGAUAAUCUUGCAGAAGGAGUUUUAUGUCGUCUAUGCUUUGGCACAUGUGUGCGGUCAGGACCGCUCCUUACUGGCAAGUCUCCUCCUGCGGAUCUUCAGGCACGAGAAGACUGAAGCCCCACUACUCAGGACACUCAAUGACAGAGAGAUUAGCAUGGAGGAUGAGGCCACAACAUUGUUCAGAGCGACUACACUGGCCAGCACACUGAUGGAGCAGUACAUGAAGGCCACAGCAACACCCUUCGUCCACCACGCGCUCAAAGACACCAUCCUCAAAAUCAUGGAGAGCAAACAGUCCUGCGAGUUGAACCCUUCAAAACUGGAAAAGAAUGAAGAUGUGAAUAUGAAUCUGGGGCAUCUCCUCAACAUACUGUCUGAGCUGGUGGAGAAGAUCUUCAUGGCUGCUGAGAUCCUUCCACCUACUUUGAGGUACAUCUACGGCUGUCUGCAGAAGUCUGUGCAACAGAAGUGGCCCACCAACACCACCAUGCGAACGAGAGUUGUAAGUGGCUUUGUCUUUCUAAGACUGAUCUGCCCCGCCAUCCUCAAUCCCAGAAUGUUCAACAUCAUUUCUGAUCCUCCAUCUUCAACAGCAGGCAGGACCCUCACACUGGUGGCGAAGUCUGUCCAGAAUCUGGCUAACCUGGUUGAAUUUGGUGCUAAGGAACCCUACAUGGAGGGUGUAAACCCUUUCAUCAAAAACAACAAACACAGGAUGAUCAUGUUUCUGGACGAGUUGGGGAAUGUGCCUGACCUCCCUGAAGCCACGGAGCACUUUAGGACGGACCUGUCCCGGGACCUGGCCGCGCUGCACGAGAUCUGUGCCACACACUCAGACGAGCUCCGGACGCUGAGCAACGAGAGGGGCUCAGGACAGCAUGUAUUGAAAAAGAUGCUGGCCAUCACAGAGCUCCUCCAGCAGAAGCAGGCUCAGUAUGCCAUGUCCAACAGCAACAGGACAGAGUGCACCAUCAUGUCACUCGCUGCUGCCAUCCAGGUAAUGUGAGUUUUCAUACGAUUUUUCACCUGAGAAUCAAAAGUGUGGCGGUCGGGCCGCACAGCCAGCCAAAGCGAGGCCUCAUCAUCCCGUGAGGUGUAGAACCGAAGACUGGAGCGAGUUUGUACUUUCCAAGCAUGUGGCCUAGAUUCCUGGCGGUAUAAAUGCAAUACGGCUGUUCUCCAUGGGAAACUUCUGAAUGCUGUCCUUCCAAAGCCCUUCUCGAAAUGCUUCAAACGAUGACGCCGUGUUUAAAGAUGGGC